AUGAUCCCAACACCCAUUGUCUGGCCUUUGCCACAUGCACGGGGCCCAUCACCCAAAGUAAUACUGUCAUCAAUCGCCGCAGAGAUAGUACGACUACGACAAACCUGGGAGCGCAUGCUAAACCAACCCCAAGACGAAGCGAAAAUAAAAUCAAUACUCCGCAAAGCCAUUGAAAUCGACAUCAACCUCGUGACAUGGACACAUUGGCUUCCAGAGCACUGGGUACCUACCGCAGCGACCAUGAUCCCGGAAGCAGUACGCGAGGCCGGCAUGUAUCGUAAUCGCUGCGACUGCUAUGCGCACAUGUGGAUAGCAGUGACAUGGAACACAUUCCGCGACUGUCGCAUUCUGGUGCAGAGAAUAAUGCUCAGAUGUCUUUCCAUGGCCCGCUCACUUGAUCCCGAUGGAAGGAGGGCAAUCGCUAUCACGCAAACUAUUCAUAAGCUCGCAGACGAUGUCUGCGCUUCUGUCCCAUAUUUACUCGGAUCUCAGCUUGAAUCGGUGCGGAUGAAGCCUGGUUUGGUCACAUAUCCGUGGUCAGAAACGAGGCCCGUUACCCAAACGCACUCGAUGUCUGCGCCUCUUAUGGGCCCGUGGCAUCUCUUUCCGUUUUUGAGGAAUCUUUGUGAUUCGGAUCUGGGAUUGCCUCCAGAGCAAUAUCGGUGGAUACAGGAUCAGAUAAAUCGGUGCAUGGUCAUUUACUUCCAGAGGUAG